AUGUCGUCACAUCGCUCUGCUUCGUUCAGAAUAUCAGUUCAUUAUCCGGAGUGUGAUGAUUCGGAAUACCCCACGUUCCAACAGCUUUUGCAUAACCAAGAUGCUGCUGUAGACCUCAUAGCUAAAAAGGCCGCGUCUUUGCUAUGGAUUGGGCCACCAAAGGGGGGCUUCAUCAUUAAUGAGAAUGGAUAUUCUCGUCCCUAUACAAAUGCCACAAUUUUUGCCCAAGCAGAUGCAUUUGGGAAAGCUACCGUUGCUUAUGAGGUGCAUGGAGAUAUUCUCAAGAAGUAUAUCGCCUUGGGUGGGGAUCGAAGUAAGCUGGGAAGUCCAGUCACAGACGAGUUAUGGACUUCGGACCGUGGUUGCCGUUUCAAUAACUUCACUUCAGGUGCUAUUUAUUGCAAUUCUAAGAUUGGCACUUGCGUAGUGAAAGAUGAGAUUUAUAAGAAGUGGAUGGAUAUGGAUGGGGCUGAAGGGGUAAUGGGGUAUCCAGUUUCUGACGAAACAUUGACGCCCGGCGGAGUGACUCGAUUCAAUAUGUUCUCACACGGUGGAGCUAUCUAUUACACUGUAACUCGCGGGGCAUUCUGGAUUUAUGGAGACAUCUACAAGAAGUGGAUGGCUACAGGUGGCGAGUUGGGGGAUCUGGGCUAUCCUGUAUCAGACGAGGAAUUGGCGCCCGACGGAGUGUGUCGUUUCAACAGAUUCUCUGGCGGUGGCGCGAUAUUCUCAACCCCAGAACGUGGUGCGGUUAAGGUAGCUGGGAAUAUUUACAAAAGAUGGAUGGCGCUUGGCGGAGGAAGUGGGUAUUUGGGCUCACCCAUCACCGAUGAGAUUGUCGGCAAAUAUGAUACUCGUUAUAACGACUUCUCUGGUGGUUCAAUAUGGUGGCAUCCCUCCAUUGGCACCCGAGAGUUUGCUGGAAAAGAAACAAAUUAUAACAUCAACAUUACCGACAUUUUGAUCGACGAGCUUCGCUCUGCGCGUGUAGAUACUCUUUAUAUUACAGCUUCCAUCGCUACAGUAUCUGGAGGGGUGCAAUCUAUUGCUCUUCCGCUUGGUGAGCACUCAGUUGGCUUCGUAUAUCCCGGCUUAACGUUCCAGAAUUGUUCAAUUGGUGAUGAAGAGACAGUCACAUUUACAUACCUCGUCGUCCACAACCAUUCUAAUAAACGAGAGGACGUUCUCAAAAAACUCGAGGUCGCCAUACAUAAACUUGGAACAGCUGCCAUAGAAGAGAAUGUAAUUUCUCUGAAUUCAAUGCGCAAGCUAUCGAUUGGAGACGCUAUCGGCACAGCUAUAGGCAGAGCUCCUGUGCCUCUGAGUGAGCCAGCUGUUCGCCCAUUUGAGGGAUGGGCCGAUAGUGGUGGUCUAGGGAUGCCAUUUCUGAACUGUGACGGCGUUGUUGCUGCGGAGGUCACAACGCUGAAGGGUAGCGAUAUCAAGGCACAUUUAAUCGUGGGAAACACAUGGAAAGUUAACGAUAAGCAUGUGGGCACAAAAGCGCCUGAUUGGUGUGGCUCAAUUUCACGAUACCAUGUGUUAUGGAAUGUGGAAUUUUCAUGA